AUGCAACUAAAGGAUACCAAUUUGUUCAAGCUGAUAGAUAUCGGUAACAAUGUCCAAUUGAGCCACAGAGUAGUACACUUGCCUACAUCAAGAUCUAGAUCAACCGAUGAUGGAGAAAAUUUUCCAACCGAUUUGAUGGUGGAAUACUAUGAUUCGAGAAGUAAAGUAGAAGGUGCAUUGAUUAUUUUUGAGUCUUCUUUAGUCUCACCUAGGAGUGGCUUGAUGCCCUACAAAUCUGGAGUGUGGAGUAUCGAUCAAUGCAAAGCUUUAAAGCAAAUAACUGACAAAAUUCAUGCCAAUGGCUCCUAUGUUUCAUGUCAGAUUUUUGCACCAGGAAGAACUUCUAACAUACAUUUGUUGAAAAAGAGAGGACUUCCAUUUCUUGCCCCAUCGCCUAUAUACCACUCGUCGGAUCAAGCAAAAGCUGCAAAAGGCUUGGAUUAUCCAUUGCAGGAGUUAACAAUUAAGCAAAUACGUGACAUCCAGCAAGAUUUUGUUACAGCCGCAGUAAAUUGCUUAAAAGUUGCUAGUUUUGAUUUUAUUGAGCUCCACGGGACUUCGGGGUUUCUAAUCGAACAGUUUUUAUCACCGGUUUCGAAUGUCAGAACUGAUGAGUAUGGUGGAUCGGUGGAGAAUAGAUGCAGAUUUUUGAAGGAGAUCAUUGAGAUGUUUAUAAAACACCCCGAGAUUGGAAGUGCAAAAUUUGGGGUUAGACUUAGCGCUUGGUCAACGCAUUGGGGAAUGAUAUACCCAAGUGAUAAGUACCCCGUGGAUGAAACGUUCCCACCUUUUCUCUACUGUGAACAUAUGAUGUUGUUUUUGGAGAAGCUUAAGCAAGCGGGAAACGAAAUUGCCUACAUUUCAAUUCAAGAGCCGCGGGUUGCUGGGUCACAUGAUCAGAACCCAUCAGGCAGAACAAACACUUCUCUACUACUGGUAUGGUCUGGUAUUGUUGUUAGAGCUGGGGGCUACGCAACAAAUUAUAAAGGCGACCCAAGUUGCAUUGCAUCGAAUAAUCCCAAUUUGGAAAUUGUUGAUGGUCAAAUUCGGCAUUAUUCGUCUUUGAUCAGGGAUGUUAAUGCAGACAAUCGUACAUUGAUUGGCUUCUCAAGACCAUUUACGUCGAAUCCAGAUCUCAUCGAGAGGCUUCGAACAAACAAGAAGUUGGACUUGUAUCAUAGGGAAUUCUUUUACACUCAUGAAGCAGAAGGGUACUUGACCUUUGGGGAAUACGUUGAUGACAAGUUAUAUUCAAACACUUUGAAGUUGCCACGUAAGGCGUUGCAUCGACCCGGUAGAUCGUUAGCAGCAAAUGGCCACAAUAGCACACACUAA